AUGUCAAUCCCACUCAGCACCAUCACCACUUUCCGAACAACCUUCAACCCCUUCACCCACGCCUCCCGACCUUGCCGCCUCUUCCUCUCUCUCCUCCGCACGCCCGGCACAACACCAACCGGCAGCCCCACCCACAUCGACAUCAAGGUGACGCAGCUCCCGCGCAGUUCGACCCUGCCGCCCGUCAUGACUGUCGGUUUCAAGGGCGGCAAGGAAUUGACUCUCGAGGUCGGCAAGCGUGGUCUAAAGAUUGGCGAUGUUGUUGAGGAGGUAUCGCGCGUUGGUCGAUUUUUGGAGCGCGAGGCCAGUCUGAAGGGUUGA